CGUGCCUCGUGCGAUACGUCACGUCCGCUCGACGCUGUCGGCAUUUCGAAGGGUUUCGAACGCUCGAGCAGCUAGACGGUUGGCAGGAAAGCAGCUCCGAGAUCGCCUUGAUAUCCGCGCAGAGUAGUAGGAGGGCAGCCGUGUUUAGUCUUUGCUAACGACAAACAGUGUACCCGUCGCGAACAUGUCCACUCGCAGGUUUUGCGUUGGGGGAAACUGGAAGAUGAACGGCAACAAGAACACCAUCAGGGAGAUCUGCAACACUCUGAAAGGCGCCAGUCUCGACCCGAGCACAGAGGUGAUUAUCGCGUGCCCGGCGCCGUAUCUGGACUACUGCAGAAGCUUGCUUCCACCAUCUGUCGCCCUCGCAGCGCAAAAUUGCUACAAGGUUGAAAAAGGCGCUUUUACUGGCGAAGUUAGCGCCGGAAUGAUAAAGGACUGCGGUGGCCAGUGGGUCAUAUUGGGCCACUCGGAGCGCAGGCACGUUUUCAAGGAGACUGAUGAGCUCAUUGGAGAAAAAGUGAAGCAUGCCUUGGAAUCUGGUCUCGGUGUCAUAGCCUGCAUCGGCGAGUUGCUGGAAGAGAGGGAGGCCAACAAGACCGAGGAAGUGUGCUACCGGCAGACCAAGGCAAUUGCAUCGCAAAUCAAGGACUGGACUAAGGUUGUCAUCGCCUAUGAACCUGUCUGGGCCAUCGGUACUGGGAAAACUGCUUCUCCUGACCAGGCUCAAGAAAUUCAUGCAAAAGUGCGCAACUGGCUGUCAACCAACGUCAGCCCAGAUGUGGCGGCAAAGGUCAGGAUCCAGUAUGGAGGCUCAGUGACUGCUGCAAACUGCAAGGAACUGGCCAGGAAGCCCGACAUUGAUGGCUUCCUCGUGGGUGGCGCAUCCUUGAAGCCAGAGUUUGUCCAGAUCAUCAAUGCUCGCCAGUGAGCAUGUUUUCAUCAGGGUUAGCUCAAUAUGUUGUAGCGAGGAAACCUGCAUAAAUUAAAGCAUUGUGUUUGUUUCUUGUCCGCCGUUUGAAGGGAAGCAUACAGUUGAGAUUGCUCAGUGUUCCUAUUGUGCUUGAACAUGAAAAAUCAUCCUUCGGUUCUUUAUAUAAGGGCUUCCCAAAUAGUUUAUGAAUGUGUACUUGAGUGACAGGCCUCGUUAAUCUUAACUGCUCUUAUUUUGAAAAGUGAAAAGUUCUAGGUUUACCUUCGCAAUCAGCAUUUGCUAGCGGCUAGUCACCGUGGAAUGUUGUUCUUACAUAGCCCUUGAAUUGAGAAUCAGUAUCACUUCAACUGCCGCCUCCCAUAUUCAUGCAUACAUGGUUGCAGCUUUACUCGAUUUCAUAUCCUGGAGAGUAAGAAAAUGGUAAAGUUUGUGUGCAGAAGAGCCAGGAAACAGGGAAGCUACGUGCAGCCUGCUGCAACUGUUCAAGGUUGUUGACAGUAGUGUUUCAUGUGAACAGUUUGCUGUGCUGUAGUCGGUCAUGCAGGUUCCCCAUUGUAAAACAGUUGUCUAUCAACUGUAAAAUUUGCUGUUGUCUUGGUUUUUCUAUACUACUGCCAUGCCAUUACGAAUAAAGAUUUGGUGGGCCCCACA